CCUAAGUUAAAUGUUAAUUCGUAAAAAGUAUACAUUGUUAUAACUUACGUAUAAAUGUGCCUAAAAAAGGAAAUUAAUAUUUCAAAACAAAUAGAACUAAUGCAAUUAAAAUAUUGUAGUCGUUCCAGUUAAACUAAAACAAGUUCAAUACUGUUGAAAAGUUCGCUAUUUAUUGGCGGUCACUAUGUCUUCGCCGAUAUCUAUAUCUGACGAUGAUGAAAGUUUCGAUGUAACGCCAUCCCUUGUAGAGAUAUCUAAAAUAAGUCGAACGAUUGUUUUAUCAGACGAUGAGGACGAAGAACCUUCACAAUCUAACGUAAAUAUUAGGCGGGGUAUAAUAAAAAAUCUCUUUCCUAAAACUUCAGAAGUGAAGGGAGAAUUUACUCGAAAUGGUGCACAUACAUCGGAAAAUAAACCACAACAUAACAUUACUAUGGAAGGGGUUAAAGUUAUUCUUCCUGUUGAACCAUACAGUUGUCAAAAGGCUGUGAUGUCAAAAGUUAUAUGUGCACUAAACAGAGAAGAAAAUUGUUUAGUGGAAAGUCCAACAGGCACUGGUAAAACUCUAGCUCUCCUCUGUGCAACAUUAGCUUGGCAGAAGAAAUUACAGGAUCAGAUCUCUGAAAGUCAGGCGAAAGAAAUCAUUGACAAGCAUCCAGAAGUGGUCGGUGCCGUCGACUACAUCACGAGCCCGCUCAAAAAAAACGUUCCGUUCCCUGAAAACUUUUUCUCGAAGAAAACUUUUGGUGAUAGGAGUAUUUACGAUGUACAGACGGAAGAACCAAAACAAUACAAAGUCGAAAAACGAGGCAACAGCUCCACAGAUGAGAUUUGCGAAGAUGGCUUCGUAACGAUACACAAGAAAGUACGAAAAAACUCUAACGACUCAGUCAAAACUAAUUCAAAUCUUGAACAUAAUCCUGAAACACUAACACCCACUAAAAAUCCAAUACAGAAAGAUGAAGAUACACCAGAAAAAGUUAGAGAAUUAUACAGCUUGGUCGAGAACCUUCGCUGUAGGACGUCCAUGCUUGUUGAUUGCAGCCUGCCUGUCAUUUACUAUGGAGCUCGCACGCACAAACAGCUGCAGCAAGUCGUCAAGGAGUUCAAGAGAACUGUGUACUGUGGGGAAAUGUCUAUGACGAUACUAUCCAGCAGGGAGAAGACCUGUUUACGGGAGUACGAUAGCAAGCAAUGGCCUUCGAAGAACGAUAUGUGCACAGGCUGCACUAAGACAUUUCAAAAGGACAAAACUUCAAACCAGGGUACCAACUGCUCCUUCUACGACAAUCGUAAAGCAUUGAAUCACAAGACACUUCCGCCUGCUUUCGAUCAGACAGAUUUAAUCGAGGCUGGGGAAAGAUUAAAGGCGUGUCCAUUCUACGCUGCCAGAGAUAUGGCAUCUGGUGCCAACAUCGUCUUGUGCCCUUACAACUAUCUAGUCGAUCCUGGCAUCAGGAACAGUAUGAAAAUUAAUUUACAAGACAAUAUAGUGAUAAUUGACGAGGGACACAACAUCGAGGACAUUUGUCGCGACACUGCGUCCUUCGACUUCAAAAUGGAACAUCUCCGUACCGCAAUCAAGGAACUGACCAAUGUAGCAUCAUUGCGCUACGGUAGCCAACACAUGAUGUCACACAACGAUUUUUUACUGAACGUUUUGAAGAAAUGGGAACUAUGGUUUGAAAACCAAAUCCCUUUGAUAAAAUCUGUAGCGAUAAACGAUAACGAAGCCAUAAAACUGUUUGAAAUGGAUGCGUUUGUGAAUACUCUGAACGAAUACAGCAUUGGAAUGGAUCGGUACAACGGAUUCAGUAAAAACGUAUUAGUGUUUUGCAAGAAACUGCGUGAAGAUCCUCGAACUUUAGUCGGAGUGACGCAAAGUACUGGCUCUUUGCUGGAAUCACUUGAAACUGUGCUCGGUUAUCUGUUCCGUGACUCAGGCAAAAAUAUGAAACACUUCACACCGGUUUUCGUUCGGAAGGUAGAGUUCGCGCAAGAGAACAUGUCGUGGCGGACUUCACAAUUUGAAAAGUCAGUGCGAAGCGAACAGUACAUCCUUCGUUUUAUUUGCUUGAAUCCGGCCGUUAUCUUCUCGGGACUGCACUCGGCGAGGACCGUCAUCCUCGCCUCGGGAACUCUCACGCCGAUCGACGCCCUGAAGGCGGAACUCGACACGAGCUUCCCCAACACGAUCAGCCCUAAACACGCUAUCUACGACGAUAGGGUGUGGGUGGGCUCGCUGAGCGCGGGCGCGGGGGGCGCGGCGCUGCGCUGCACGCGCGCGGCGCUGCGCGCGGGCGCCGCGCUGGACGCGCUCGGCCGCGCCGUGCGCGCCGUGUGCGCCGCCGCCCCGCACGGCGUGCUCUGCUUCCUGCCCUCCUACGAGCUCAUGGCGCGUCUGCGCACGAGAUGGGCGACCACCGGCCUUUGGCAGGAGCUCGAGGAAUUGAAAGAUGUCUUCCUUGAGAGUACCGAUGCAAGGAAGCACGAGGAAAUUAUGCAGAGGUACGUCGCGAGCGUGGAGCGUCGCGGCGCGCUGCUGCUGAGCGUGUUCCGCGGGAAGGUGGCGGAGGGGAUGGACUUCAAGGACCGCCAGGCGCGCGCCGUCAUCACGGUCGGGAUACCGUUUUCUAGCAUGACAAAUAUAGCUGUGAGUGAGAAAAGGAAAUACAAUGACAAAUAUUCGAAGGACAAGAACAGCUUGUUACUUGAAGGUAGCGAGUGGUACCGCGUGCACGCGUAUAGGGCACUGAACCAGGCUCUAGGGCGCUGCAUUCGGCACAAAGACGACUGGGGCGCCUUACUGCUGAUCGACUCUCGCUUCGAAAACCCAUAUCACAGGGAACACCUGUCCUCCUGGGUGAAAAGCUUAUUCAAAACCAACGACCAUUCGUUCAAUAUUCUAAAAGAUUUAAACGCGUUUAUGAUUAGAAUGAAUCGAGACGACACAAAAACAUGAAAGCCGAGCUAGAAAAUGUAUUGCUAAUUUUUAAUUAUUAUCGCUGUAAACUGUUGUAUUACUUAACAAGUGCAUUUUAUAUAUUUUUUUUU